AUGCAGAGCAAUAAAACCUUUAAUUUGGAGAAACAGAACCAUACUCCAAGGAAAGACCAUCAGCAGCACCAGCAGCAGCACCAGCAGCAGCACCAGCAGCAGCACCAGCAGCAGCCACCACCACCACCAACACCUGCAAAUGGGCAACAGGCCAGCAGCCAAAAUGAAGGCUUGACUAUUGACCUGAAGAAUUUUAGGAAACCAGGAGAGAAGACCUUCACCCAACGUAGCCAUCUCUUUGUGGGUAAUCUCCCUCCUGACAUCACUGAGGAGGAAAUGAGGAAACUUUUUGAGAAAUACGGGAAGGCAGGCGAAGUUUUCAUUCAUAAGGAUAAAGACUUUGGCUUUAUCCACUUGGAAACACGAACCCUGGUGGAAAUUGCCAAAGUAGAGUUGGACAAUAUGCCACUCCGUGGAAAACAGCUGCGUGUGCGCUUUGUCUGUCAUAGUGCAUCCCUUACGGUUCAAAACCUUCCUCAAUACGUGUCUAACGAACUGCUGGAAGAAGCUUUUUCUGUGUUUGGCCAGGUGGAGAGGGCCAUAGUCGUUGUGGAUGAUCGAGGAAGACCCUCAGGAAAAGGCAUUGUUGAGUUCUCAGGGAAGCCAGUUGCUUGGAAAGCUCUGGACAAAGGCAGUGAAGGGUCUUUCCUGUUAACCACAUUUCCUCGGUCUGUGACUAUGGAGCCGAUGGACCAGUUAGAUGAUGAAGAAGGGCUUCCAGAGAAGCUGGUUAUAAAGAACCAGCAAUUUCACAAGGAGCGAGAGCAGCCACCCAGAUUUGCACAGGCUGGUUCCUUUGAGUCUGAGUAUGCGACGCGUUGGAAGGCACUCACUGAGAUGGAGAAACGGCAGCAGGACCAGGUGGACCACACCAUCAAGGUGGCUCGUGAGAAGCUGGAAAUGGAGAUGGAGGCUGCUCAUGGUGAGCACCAAGUCAUGCUAAUGAGGCAGGAUUUGAUGAGGCGCCAAGAAGAACUUCGAAGAAUGGAAGAGCUGCACAACCAAGAGGUGCAAAAAAGAAAGCAAUUGGAGCUCAGGCAGGAAGAGGAGCGUAGGCGCCGUGAGGAAGAAGUGCGGCGGCAGCAAGAAGAGAUGAUGCAGCGACAGCAGGAAGGAUUCAAGGGGAUUGAGAUAAGGAUGGGCCAGAUGGCUAUGGGAGGUGCUAUGGGCUUGAAUAAUAGAGGCGCCAUGCCCCCUGCUCCUGUGCCAGCUGAUACCCCAGCUCCUCCAGGACCUGCCACUAUGAUGCCGGAUGGAACUUUGGGACUGACCCCACCAACAACUAAACGCUUUGGCCAAGCUGCCACAAUGGAAGGAAUUGGGGCAAUUGGUGGAACCCCUCCUGCAUUCAACCGUGCAACUCCUGGAGUUGAAUUUGCUCCAAACAAAUGUCGUGGAUUCUAA